AUGGCUUUAACUAAAGAAGAGAAGAGGGCGAAAAAGGAAGCGAAGAAACUAGAAAAAUUACGCGCCCAAGCUGAAGCAAGGAAGCAGUUAAAAAAGGAUGAACUCAAACGCGAAAUGGUUGCUCAGGCUAGGAGACGCGGGGAACUCGAUAAAAAAUGGAGAGAAUUGAUGCUAAAGAUUAAGGAACCGGUCUUUAGGCAAGACAUCGAGGUCAUGUGGCAUGGAUUUGACAGAACGUAUGAUAAAAAAAAUCAUCUCAUUAAUCAUAUAAUGAAACUAAUUAAUGUGGCAGAUGAUCAGUUUCAACGUACAGUGUCAAGUUUUUGCGACACCAUAGACACUAUGAUUGUUAACUUUAUGUCAGGGAUUGAGCAAAUAUCCAUUGAGAACGACCGUAGGACCGCCGAACUGCUCAAGCUGGGUGAAAACGAAGCAGCUCAAAUAAGAACGGAUCACGAUGCAGCCGAAACACAUUUGCAGUUGCUUAUUUACCACGGCCACACUACCGCCGACUCCUUAGCUUGGACAACGCGCGGUGAGAAUUUAGUUAAGGAGGACGAGGACCGAAGCAGGUAUGGGAACGAACGCGAGAAUCUGCGCUCCCUCUUAGAAAACUCCUACAAUUCCACCUGGGACGAUUAUAAGGCAGUACUGAAGAACUACGUCGUCAAAACUGCCGCCAACCAAAAGGCAGUGCGUAAGUUACGCCGCAAGGAGAAUCUAAUGUCGGACAUUAUUGCAUCGCAAGCGAAGAAAAUCGCCGAUAGCGACGGGCUUCUUAAAAGACUUCGGUCCGAACUGACGGCGUAUGAAUCUGGAACGAAGCAGGCGGCUUUCCGGGAUAGACGAGACAGACAUCGGACAGCAUGUUUUCGGUUAAAAAAGAUUUUAAACGAUGGAUGUGCGGCAGAUGCAAGACAAAUGGCUGUAUUAGUUAAAGCCGCAGACAGUACCAUAGAAUGGUUAGAGAGUGCUCAUAAAAAAGCGGAAAAGAUCCUACGUCUGGCUGCGCUUUGUCGCAAACAUGAGACUCAACGUGAAAAAGUUUUACCCUUUGGAUUGAAGUCACCCCAUUUUCCCGUGCAAUCUAAAACUAAUCUUCGUAGACUUCAAUCAGACGAUUCGCUGGUUUUAAAGGCAAUAUCAACAACUUGUGGUUUAACAAGACUAUGGCAACGUAUAGCGAAAGCCGAUUUGACGCGAAAAGCUCUGCCAUCAGCUUCGAUCUGCGUGUGUGGUGGGACAUCCAUCACGAGAGGGCGACAUUGCGGCAUCCUCGCAGCGCAAGGGGAGUCGUGGGUGAUCGUACGUUGGAACGAUGUCGUCGACAAAAUGGUUGCUCCCCAAGAAGAUGCCGGUCCCCCAACACCAUAUGAAUACAAAUACGACGUAGAGGACCCCGAGAAGACCCUGUACUUUGGAGCGAACGAAUCAGGGGACGCGCAGGGGAAGGUGGUCGGAGGGUACCGAGUUCUUCUCCCGGACGGGAGGCUCAUGAACGUAGAGUACACUGUGGAGGGCGAGAGCGGCUUCGUGCCGAAGAUCAGCUUCGAGAACAACGCCAAUCCCUUCGGCCAGGGGAAA